GAGAGAGAGAGAGAGAGAGAUGCGAGGAGAAGGAACACAAAAGAAAGCAAUCAAUGGAGUUCUCUUACCUUUCCUGUCUACUUAUUUCUUCCCCACAAGCACACGAGUGUCAUCUCCAUAACUCACUGACACCUUCAACUCCUCCAGCAUAUUUUUAUUAUCUUUGUUAUUAUAUGUAGUAUUUGAUGUCUUAUAAAUAGAGAGAGAGAGAGAGGAGAGAGAGAGAGAGAGAGAGAAGCAGAGGGGAAAAAAAAGAGCCUUUUUUUUCUUUUCCCCUUGGACAAAGUGGGUGGGCGAUGGGGUCUUGUUGCUCGUCCCUGCUGCCGGAGAAGCACCACCCCGGGGCAGGGCUGGCGGCGGCGGUGGAGCAGAACAAUCACCUCCAUUUGAACCACCACCAGCAGCAGCAACAGCGGCGGUCCUUCUCGGUUGGGAUGGGGGAAAGCGGUGGCAGCGGGGGAGGUGGGGAGGUACCGGCCUUCGCCGAGUUCUCGCUGGCCGAGCUCAAGGCGGCGACGAACGGGUUCGACGCCGGGAAUAUCGUCUCCGAGAGCGGUGACAAGGCUCCCAACCUCGUCUACAAGGGCCGACUGAAGAACCGCCGGUGGAUCGCCGUCAAGAAGUUCUCCCGGACGGCCUGGCCUGAUCCCAAGCAGUUCGCUGAGGAGGCUUGGGGCGUCGGUAAAUUGAGGCACCGGAGGCUGGCAAAUUUGAUUGGGUACUGCUGCGAAGGCGACGAGAGGCUUCUUGUUGCUGAGUAUAUGCCCAAUGACACCCUUGCCAAACAUCUUUUCCACUGGGAAAAUCAGACAAUCGAAUGGGCUAUGCGUCUCAGGGUUGCAUUCUAUAUCGCAGAAGCUUUGGAAUAUUGUAGUAACGAGGGACGCCCAUUGUAUCAUGAUCUCAACGCAUAUAGAGUCCUUUUUGAUGAGGAUGGUGAUCCACGUCUUUCUUGUUUUGGUCUAAUGAAAAACAGUCGGGAUGGAAAAAGUUAUAGCACAAACCUAGCUUAUACACCACCAGAGUAUUUGAGAAAUGGGAGGGUGACACCAGAAAGUGUGAUAUUUAGCUUUGGUACUGUCCUCUUGGAUCUUCUCAGUGGAAAGCGCAUUCCCCCAACUCAUGCUCUUGACAUGAUAAGAGGGAAAAAUAGUUUGGUAUUGAUGGAUUCACACCUGGAGGGGAAUUUCUCUACAGAAGAGGCAACUACACUAGUUGACCUUGCUUCUCAGUGCUUGCAAUAUGAACCUAGGGAUCGGCCCAACACAAAGAAGCUGGUUGCUACUCUUGCAUCAUUGCAAAUCAAAUUAGAGGAGCCGUCUUAUGUUAUGCUGGGAAUACAAAAGCCUGAGGAAGCACCUGCCACACCACCGCACCCACUUUCCCCUAUGGGAGAAGCUUGCUCCAGAAUGGACCUCACUGCCAUCCAUCAGAUUUUAGUAAUGACACACUACAGAGAUGAUGAAGGAACUAAUGAGUUAUCAUUCCAAGAGUGGACGCAACAGAUGAGGGAUAUACUGGAUGCCAGAAAGAGGGGGGACUUUGCCUUUCGUGAUAAAGAUUUUAAGACGGCUAUUGAGUGUUACUCUCAGUUCUUAGAUGUUGGAACUAUGGUCUCACCUACGAUAUAUGCAAGACGAAGCCUGUGUCAUCUCAUGUGCGAUCAACCUGAUGCUGCACUGAGGGAUGCAAUGCAAGCACAAUGUGUCUAUCCAGAUUGGCCGACAGCAUUCUACAUGCAAGCAGUUGCUCUGGCCAAGCUAGACAUGCAGAGUGACGCCGCCGACAUGCUGCAUGAAGCCACGAUGCUCGAAGAGAAGAGGCAAAAAGGUGGGAAAGGUCCCUAAGAACGACAGUUCCAUCUCUUCCACUGACCUUUUUGUCGACGAGAGUUGUUGCGUCAAUGUAUUAUCCCAAGUUUCGCUCUCUGAUGACAUCGAUCCAUUUGGUGUGCCAUUUCUCUUGUAUCUUUUGGCACAAUGUACAUGCGGAUUCGGCUAAAGUAGACUGCAAUGUUUGUUUUA